GUCUUUAUUAACUAUUAAAAACAGCUUACUUCCUCCUCAUUGAAUUCCAUUUUGUAAAACAUUUGGUAGUCUUUAUCGAGAUCCAAGUUCUUAAAUGCAUCUCCAUCAUAAAUAUUUUGGCUUGGACGUUUUCUACUCUCUGUUAACAUGACUUGAGUGCAACAGACAAUUUAGAAACUGAAUUAGUUAUUUGUCCUGUUUGUGUACGUUGUGCUAACUGCUCAUAAUUGACAGUGAACUCAGUACAAGGUUUCAAACAGAUUGUUUGAAAAGCGUUCAGACAGGAGGAAGUACUUGGACGCAAAUCAUCUAAACACAACAAGCAGUCUGUUUUGCUUUUAAAUUUUAACAAUAUUAACCAACUAAGUUUAAAGAAAAUUUAUAUAUUAAAACUUAAAUGUCUUCUUAUUUAAUGAUGAUUUUAGCCUUCAUCUCGGUCGGAUUUUUCGCUUCGUUCCGAGAAAACCAUGUAAACGGGCAGGUGGUUUUUCGUCCACUUUUUGUCUACAAGCACAAGCAGCAGGAAAAAUUGAACAACCGCAGAGAGCAGCAGAUCCAGCAGCAACUCAUUCAGGCCGAACAAGCUGAGUUUGCGCUGCAACAACAACAACAGCACUUCUUCUACGAUCCGUAUUACUAUCAGUACUAUUACCAACAUUCAGGUCAAUACUACCCUGUACCUUAUCCAGAAAUAAACAGAAUUUCAAGGAACAGAAAAAUAGACAAAGCUAAAAAAGAUGUAUAACAUAAAGUGUAUUUGUAAUAAAA